AUGGCAAUUCUUAGUGGUUUGGAAAUUGGUUUGAGUUUUGUAUGUGGAUGUGUUCUCUUGGGGUUUGCAGCAGAGCUCUACUAUCUUCUAUGGUGGAAGAAGAGAAGAGUGGAUAUUGAAAACCAAAGCUUAUCUCUUUCUUCUUCUUCUUCUUGUUCUUCCAAUUAUACCCCUACUCAUCUUUCCUCCUACAUUUCCUGUUGGAAAAACCCUAAUUCUUCAAAACACACCAAAACCCAUGAAAGUAAACAGGAUCCAGAGACGGGUUUGGAAGAAGAUGUGAUUUUAAAGGGUUUAGAUGAAGAAAGUGUGGAUCUUGAGCUCAUGAGGCUGCAUAAUCUUCAAGGCCCACCAAGGUUUUUGACCACCAUUAAUGAGGAAACCAAAGAGGAGUUGGAAUCACAGAGGAGUAGGAAGGGUUCAAGAACAAGAAGCUUGAGUGAUGUUCUUCUUCAUUUGGAUACUCCUCAAGCUUCACCACCAUUAAAGCUGGGGUUACAGUUGCAGAAUCUGGAAGGGUUUCAUCACCAUGGAUUGAAUCCUUUGUUUGAGACUGAGAUUAAGAAGAUGAGAUCUUCACCACCUCCCACAUUCAAGUUCUUGAGAGAUGCAGAAGAGAAGCUUUUGAGGAGAUUGAUGCAAUUGGAAGCAGAAAAAGGGGUUAAUUCUUCUGCAAAAAUGGAGGACAAAGAUGGGUUUUCUGUAAAAUUGGCCAAAAAUGGAGGGAUUCAAUAUCAUCAUCAAGUUUCAGCUCCUUCAAAGGUGAUUCCAUUGGCUUCAUCGCCAUCAAACAGUCAAUCAAAUUGA